UUUACGCAUCCUUUCAAUUCCCAUUUUUACGCACAGACAGUCAUGGUUUUUACGCACAGGUGAACUUAUUACGCACCUCGAACACAAGGACAAGUGUUGGACUGACAGAACAUAAAAAACAUCUCGUGUAUUUUAAACUCUCCUCCUGAUUUUUCUCGCUGAAUUGCUUGGAGUUGCUUCCACAGUCAUGUCCAGGAAGAAGGCAGUGAAAGGCAAAGGGAGCUCCAAGAGCCCCAAAGCGUCUCCGAUCAGCGGGAGGUCUGGCAGAGGUCUGGCCGCCGCCGCAGCUCCUUCCUCCGCACUGGUGUAUCCCAGCAGACCCUCCAUCAGCAACAGCGGGGAGUUCUACGAUAUAGCCUUCAAGGUGAUGCUGGUGGGGGACUCAGGUGUCGGGAAGACCUGUCUGCUGGUCCGCUUCAAAGAUGGAGCUUUUCUAGCCGGCAGCUUCAUCUCCACUGUGGGCAUCGACUUCAGGAAUAAAGUGAUGAACAUUGAUGCUGUGAAGGUCAAACUGCAGAUUUGGGACACUGCUGGACAGGAGCGUUUCCGGAGCGUCACACACGCGUACUACCGCGAUGCUAACGCUCUGCUUCUUCUCUAUGACGUUACCAACAAAGCAUCCUUCGACAACAUCCGGGCCUGGCUGACGGAGAUCCAUGAGUAUGCUCAGCAGGACGUGGUCAUCAUGCUGCUGGGUAACAAGGUUGACUCAUCACAUGACAGGAUGGUGAAGAGAGAGGAGGGGGAGAAACUGGCCAAGGAGUUUGGAGUGCCCUUCAUGGAGACGAGUGCUAGAUCUGGACUGAAUGUGGAGCUGGCCUUCACUGCAGUGGCCAAAGAGCUGAAGCACCGGACCAUGAAGGAGCCCGAGGAGUCGAAGUUCCAGCUGCAGCAAUACGUCGACAAAGAAAUGAGGACCGUCGGCUGCUGCCGCACGUAGACCACAUCCUCCGUGUGUGUGUGUGUGUGUGUGUGUGUGUGUGUGUGUGUGUGUGUGUGUGUGUGUGUGUGUGUGUGUGUGUGUGUGUGUGAGCAGUAAUUAACCUUCUAGUCUGGGAAUUACCACGACAUUCUCAGUGUUUGUAACAUUUCUAUCAAUAAGCUCCCAACCCACCUGUCCUCUGCAACUGUGAAUGUAAUAUAACUACUAUAUACAUGCUUGCACACA